AUGCCAUACUAUGAGUAUAUCCUCUUGGACUACGACUACAAUGACACGGGUUCUGGUUCUGGCUCUGGCUCUGGGGAGGUGGGAGUGGACCUGGAGGAUCCCUGUGGCGUGGAGCACAUAAUGACAGCAGAGCUUCAGCGGGUCCUCUUGCCAGUGGUCUACUCCCUGAUCUUCAUCCUGGGCAUCACAGGAAACGGCCUGGUGGUCAUGGUGCUGGGUUGUCAACGCAGGUCCAAGUGCAGCCUGACGGACCGAUACCGCCUCCAUCUCUCUGCUGCUGAUCUGCUCUUUGUUUUGGCGCUGCCAUUCUGGGCAGUGGACGCAGCCCUGGCUGACUGGCGUUUUGGAGCAGCCACCUGCGUCGGCGUGCACGUGAUCUAUACUGUCAAUCUGUACGGAAGUGUACUCAUCCUGGCCUUUAUCAGUCUGGACCGGUACCUGGCGGUAGUCCGUGCCACUGACACGAACUCUGGAGGGCUGAGACAGCUGCUGGCUCACAGACUGGUGUAUGUAGGUGCGUGGUUACCUGCAGGACUUCUUGCUGUGCCGGAUCUGAUCUUUGCCAGAACUCAGGAAGGAGGGGAGGGCUCCACUGUGUGCCAGCGCCUUUACCCUGCAGACACUGCUCCUAUCUGGGUGGCAGUCUUCCACCUUCAGCUUGUCCUGGUGGGUCUGGUGAUCCCCGGUUUGGUGCUCCUAGUGUGCUAUUGUGUCAUUGUCACCAGAUUGACCCGAGGCCCUCUGGGGGGCCAGAGGCAGAAGAGGAGGGCUGUCAGGACCACCAUCGCGUUGGUACUCUGCUUCUUUAUGUGCUGGCUCCCUUACGGAGUGGGCAUCUCUGUGGACGCCCUGCUGCGGCUGGAGGUCCUGCCUCGGAGCUGCAGGCUGGAGGCCACCUUGGGGAUGUGGCUGUUGGUGGCUGAGCCCAUGGCAUUCGCACACUGCUGCCUGAACCCGCUGCUCUACGCCUUCUUGGGUGCAGGGUUCAAGAGUUCAGCCCGCCGAGCGCUGACUCUGAGUCGGGCCUCCAGUUUGAAGAUCCUACCCCGGAGACGCCCCGGAACGUCCACAACCACAGAAUCUGAGUCCUCCAGUCUACAUUCCAGCUAG